AUGGACGACAUACAUCCACCCAGUCGCCUUGAGGGCCAAGAUAUCCCUAAGCCGAACACCACUGAGUCGGAACGGGAACCAUUGCUUGGACGUCGCUCUUCUUCCACAUCACAGGUGGUCCAGCAGCUAUCCAAGCAGCUCACUACGCGGCAUGCGUUCGCAGUUCUUGUCACACUUCAGAUUGGUUCGGGUAUAUUCGCUUCGCCAGCUCAGGUCGACAGCAACGUGCCUUCUCCUGGAGCUGCUCUCCUCGUGUGGGUUCUGGGUGGGCUGCUAUCAUGGGCAGGAGCAGCAUCGUUCGCUGAGCUUGGUGCCGCGCUGCCACUGAACGGAGGUAUGCAAGAAUACCUGCGCCAUAUCUACGGUGAUACGGCUGCCUUCCUCAUGGCCUGGGUGUACAUCCUGGGUGUGAAGCCUUCAUCUAUGGCCAUUCAAAGCAUCGUCAUUGCCGAAUCCAUAGGUUCAGUCACGUCCAGUACAGGCGAUUUGCCAGACACUAAGGUACUCAAACUCAUUGCUGCCAUAGCAUUUGUUUCCAUGGUGUUGCUCAAUUCGAUCAAUACCCGGUUCACAAUGCGACUGAGCGAGUCAUUUACAGUGUUCAAGCUUUCAACUGUGGCCCUGAUAGUCUUAAGUGGUCUUGUUGCUGUUUUCGCUCAUUUAAUAAACCCAAACUCUUCAUUCUCCGGACCUAGCGACUGGUACACCCGCAAUUGGUUCCAGACAAGGUCGACAGUAUCGGAUGGCCAUAUCAUCGAUUGGGUAUCCAUGGGCACGUGGGACCGUUACGGCCACUAUUGCGCAGCCAUAUACGGAGGACUUUGGGCGUACGACGGCUGGGACAAUGCCAAUAUCGUCGCGAGUGAAAUCCGCGACCCGGGUCGUGCUCUUCCAAAAGCGAUCAAAGCUGCGAUGAUCGUAGUACUCAGUUCGUUCGAGCUUGUGAAUGUGGCUUAUUACAUUCUUGUACCUUGGGAUAAACUAAGUACCAACAACGCAGUAGCUGUUGCUGCCGCCACAUCUCUCCUAGGAAGACCGGCUGGCAUUCUCGUUACCAUCCUGGUUGCUAUCUCAUGCGCAGGUUCCAUUACUAGUAACGUCUUCUCGGUGGGCAGACUAACAAUGGCUGCAUCGCAGCGUCAUUACUUUCCUGCAGUGUUUAGCAAACGAGGGUUGCCGAUGAAGCAGAGGGCUGAAGCAGACAGCACCACUUCAUCCAGCCUUGACGCCCCGAUCUAUGCCAACGGUUUGGCCCUGGUCGUGACCCUUGUCUAUAUACUGACGGGUAGUUUUCGGGCACUCUUGACGUUCGUUGGUAUGGCUGAAUGGGUCUUCUAUGUUAGCACUGUAAUCGGACUGCUUAUACUCCGCCGCCGAGAACCACAGAUGGAAAGGCCCUACCGUCCGAUCAUUAUCCUUCCCAUCAUCUUCGUCAUCGUCGGUACUCUGGUAAUUUUAAGAUCUGCACUAUUUGCACCAGUGCAGAGCGGAGUUCUGGUUGGACUCCUCGUAGCUGGCGCCCUAAUCAGCAUGGUACGGAGCAGACCGAGCUCAUGA